ACAAGUUUGUCACACCGCGUAGACUCCGCGGACCUCACCAAAGUCACGCAUCACUCCUGUGCUGUAAACAGAAGUCAUUCCGUUUACAGCAGCAGACAGCAGCUGGAGCAGCAACCCCGCUGUGUUUGGGGAAAGCUGCUUCAGCGUCCCGCUGCAGCGUCCAUCAAUCCGGAAGUUGAACACUCAGAGCCUUCAAAAUAAAAGCGGAAAACGAAAAGAAAAAGUAAAAAGUGUUGUACACAGGAGGGCAUGAGAUUUCGAGUCCUCGUCGACCAUGAUAUCAAAAAGAUAACUUUCCAAAAUGGCCUCCCCCCAACUGUGCAGGACUUGAUUAAAGUGUUUAAAUUGGCUUUUUCCAUCAGCACGGAGAUAGGUCUUCAGUACAAAGACGCUGACUUUGAUGACUUCUUCACACUCACCUCUACAGGUGACCUGAAGGAUAAAGACACACUCAAAAUAGUUCAUCUGCCGCCGCCACCUUCAGGUAUGAUGAUGGCGGCGGCUCCUCAGGAGCGCAGACCUGCUGACUUUAAUAACUCCCUCACUAUAACCGCUACAUCUACAUGUAGCGUUAGGAAUAAAGACGCAAUCAAAUUAGAGCAUGUGCCAUCAUCACCAGAUAUAAUAAUGACCACUGGCCCUCAGGAACACAACCCCGACACAUCGGACGCGUCCUCUGUAGACGAUUGCAUCUCUGUGGACUCGCAGGACGCUGCGAUUCCCAGCUCCCUUCCCUCCGGGAGGCAGAGCCUGUGGCCUGCCAUCUUUCCCAUUCCAACUUUCUCCUACAACACUGAGAUGGCUUUGAGACAAGCCAAUGAAAAGUUUCUGAGAGAUGGGACGUUGCUGACAUCACCAAGUGUCAAAUCGGACAUUCUGGAGCGCCUGGCGGAAGCCAUGUUUUCCUACACAGCUUAUCCCAAUGAUCCUCAGAGGACUGCGGUCGCACAGGCGCUAAUAGAGAAGCAUCCCUGCUUGAGGGAGCCCGGCUCUUACAAUGGAUGUUACGGCUGGCAGCAAAGCCUAAAAUACAAAUGUGGAAACUAUCGGACCAAACUUAAAGCACACGGAAACCCCGAACUGCUAAUAAACACACUGAAACACAAGCAGGAUGGUGAUAGACAACCUUCCAAAAAUAUCAAGAAACCAAGGAAAGCUGAGGUGAACUUUCUCCCCCCACAUCCAGCCGGAGAGACUGACGAGAGCCUGGAGAGUGUGAGACUUGAGCUCCUUGUAGCAAGCAGGGCAAAGGACAGUAAUAAGAUGAUAAAUGAUAUGAUGUCCAGAACAUACAGCUGUAGGAGGAGGGAGGUGGUCGGCCAGACUGUGACAGUGGCAGAGUUCACAGAGAGAUGGCCUGCCCUCUUCGAUCCGGUACAGAUAAAUGAAGAGUUCCGAAGGUGCAACACUGUUCCUCUGGAGCCAACAUUCAUCUCCCAGCUGGACCGCUUCAUGCCAAAGCUGCUGGAGUUAUUCAGCUCAAAGGGAGGAGCUGUUGGGCAGCGCCUGAAGAGUGUGCUGAUUGAACUUAUAAAGGAGCCACAUGCUUCAAUGGUGAAGAAGAGGGAUGUGACUCUGAGAUGCCUCAUAGAGUACCUGGGGGAGAAUGUGCAGGAUCUCGUGGCUGAUUACUAUCGGACAGCAGUGGAUCAAGUGCAUGAGGACCUUAAAACACAGAGCAUGAGGAUCUACGUGUGUCAGCAGCCUGACACAGUGGGCAUCGUCAUCGACGGGACUCCAGUGCUGACGGGUCUGGGUAACAUGUCCAGAGCCUGCUGCCUCCUGCUCGGCCUCACCUACGCCCUAAACCUGGAUUAUCCUCCGAAACUUGCCAGGACGUUUGAAGUCUUUCAAAGACUAUUUGUAGGACUCGAUGUGAUGCAGCCCAAACCAUCGUCCAAGUUCAUCAACCUGAAAAACAAACUCCUCACCUGAACAAUGGCUCCGAGCGUCUGGUCUGACUCCCCUCAUCCGAGGCUGCGUUCUUGUGGUGGGAUAUACUCAGGAGCUGUAAAGGUGCCCGGCUCUUGAUGAUGAACUUUACACUGACAACUUGCUUAAGGACACGUUUAGCAGACAUCCCCAGCAGUUCCAGUCAUGACACCUCUGUACUGUGAUUUUUUUUGUGUGUGUUAAUUUUCCUGUUAUUUUCUUGUUCUUUUUACUGAUUUCUUCCUUAUUUCUGGUUUAUUUCUUUACAAGUUGCUCAUUGCCCUCUUCCCAAUUUAACCAGGUUUCAAAGGGUUAAAGCUCAGUUGUUCUUGCUGAGAAUGCUUGUUGUAUAAGCUCUGAACAUUUUCAGGUAAGCUGUACUUUUUUAUUUAAUGAGACAAGUCGUACUGUAGAUAAAAGUUUUGUAUUUUACUUACAAAAAAGAAUUACUAAAACAUGUUUUAACAUUUUAAAAA